AUGGCACGUCCUGAAAUUGUAUGGGAGAAGGUGUGGACACAUCUGGCUAAUGAUGCUCAACAUACUCGUAGGAGAUUAUUAAACUUGCAAGAUAUAUUUCUAACUGAUGAAGAGAAAAUGAAUUUUGCGCUAAUGGAAGUGUCAAAGCUUUUAUUAGUCUAUAACAAGACUUUGAUAGAUUUUCCAAACAUGCCGGUAAUUAAUGAAGCAAGCCAUGUUCAUGUGGAAAAUCGGUUGUUGUGGGAAGAGUUAGCAUAUGACCGUGCUAGGGAAAAUGAGGGGAGUCAACGGCUUAAGGAGAGACUUACAGAAGAACAAAAAGCAAUAUAUGAUGCCGUUAUCAACGAUAUUGAUUCCAAUAAUGGUGGACUGUUUUUUGUUUAUGGGUAUGGUGGUACAGGAAAGACAUUUUUGUGGCGUGCGCUCUCUUCUUAUAUUAGAGCAAAAGGCGAAAUUGUUAUCAAUGUGGCAUCGAGUGGGAUAGCAUCUUUACUUCUUCCGGGUGGCAGGACUGCACAUUCAAGGUUUUCAAUACCAAUCUCUGUCAAUGAAGAUUCUACGUGCAAUAUAAAUCAAGGCAGUCAAUUAGCUGAACUCAUCGUUCAUGCAAAACUAAUAAUUUGGGAUGAAGCACCGAUGAUGCACAAACAUUGUUUUGAGGCGUUGGAUAAAACAAUGAGAGAUUUGUUAAGUGGUGCCAAAGGGUUCAAGACAGGACAUUGUUUCUGCAACAAUUAA